GAAAUGUUGAUGAGUUCACACUGUGAUACCCACUUUGAUGACCGUAACAGAAGAUUUCAAAAGCUCUACAGUGCUGAACCCAACUCCAAGGUUUCUUUCUCUCUCUGUUUCUCUCAUUUCUCAAGACAGGAACUAACAUACACAAUUACACACGCACGCACUCAUUCACUCUCUCACUUUCUUCUAAAUUUUUUUGAGUCUCUGAGAGUGUACUAAUACCCAAGCUGGCAUGAGCCAAAUGGCAGUUGUCGGCUUUAUAGUUCCGCAACAGCAGCAGAAGCACAGAAGACGGGGAGCUGUAACCAGCAACACCCACCGUCCCCUUUUUCACCAUCAGAGACCUUUUUAAAUCUUUAAGCCAUCAUCCAUACCUCUUGUUAUCUAUUGCCCCCACCCAACUUUUACGGACAUGGAUAGGAGGAGCUUAGAGUAGAGAGAGACCCACAUCACAUGGAGAUGAGUACUAGCUCUGUAGCUUUGUCUGGGGCUUCUGGUUCGUCCGAUUCUAUCAAUGGGUUAACAUUCGGCAAGAAAAUCUACUUUGAAGAUGUGGGUAUUGGAAUUCCUGCCAAAUCAGGUUGUGGGUCGUCGUCAUCAUCGGUAUCGGUUCCUCAGCAGCCGAUGGCAGCGCCGACGAAGAAGGGGAGAGGGGUUGUGCAAGGUGGGCAGCCUCCUAGGUGCCAGGUUGAGGGGUGUAAGGUGGAUCUGAGCGGUGCCAAGGCUUAUUAUUCCAGGCACAAAGUUUGUGGGAUGCACUCCAAGUCUCCUAAAGUCAUCGUUGGAGGUUUGGAGCAGAGGUUCUGUCAGCAGUGUAGCAGGUUUCAUCAGCUACCUGAAUUUGACCAAGUAAAGCGGAGUUGUCGUAGACGUUUGGCAGGGCAUAAUGAGCGUCGGAGAAAGCCACCACCUAGCUCUUUAUUAGCUUCACGCUGUGGGCGGUUGUCGUCGUCUCUCCAUGAAGCCAGCGGUAGAGUUGGAGGCUUUCUCAUGGAUUUUACAACGCACUCAAGGCUACCUACGAGGGAAGUAUGGACGACGGCAAGAGAUGGUGAUCGGGUAUCUGGCAACCAGCCCAUGGGUAUGGGGAAGUUAUUUCCCCAUCAAUGGCAAGGGAACUCAGAAAGUCGACCAGCUAAUGCCUUCUCUCAUAUGUCCCACACGUAUAUGCAAGUUUCAGCAGGUGGAACAGCCUUCACCAAUGCUGGAAUUCCUCCAGAUGAAUGCUUUGCAAGAGUCUCUGACUCCAGCUGUGCUCUCUCUCUUCUGUCAACUCAGCCGUGGGGCUCCAGAAACCAAGCAUCCGGUCUUGAAGUGGACAACUUUAAAGAUGCGGAAGGAGCUCCAGUGGUUCAAUCAAUGGCACCACAUGGUGCUAUAGCAAGUAAUUUAACAAGAAACACUUGGAGUUUCAAGGGCAAUGCAGCCAGUAAUAGUCGUUCACAACAAAUGCCACGUGAUCUGGGCAUGGGACAACUCUCACAAUCUGUGAAUAGUCAGUUCUCUGAUGAGCCUGAGUUAGCUCCACAGGGGAACCGUCAAUACUUUGGUCUAGGAAGCACCAGAGGAUGUGGCUCUUCCAAUAACCAGAUGCACUGGUCCCUCUAGAGAUUCUGCAGCAGACACUAUGCUUAGAAUUUUUGGAUUACUUCUGACCAUUCUCCAGGUUUGCAUGGAAUGUGAUAUUUCUAUUUUGUGCUACUACUGACUCUUAAAAUUCACUAGUGAAUAUUCUGAGUUUAAAUCUAGUGGCUGUGUUUGUAGUAUCGGGAAAGAGGACCCUUGUCUUUUUAUUACUGAACUAACGAUGAUGUCGGAGGCUAUGGUGGUUUGAAACAAUAUCAUUUAGACUUUAUAUUGGAUGGUAUUCCCAGUAUUAACUUAAAUUGUGGAACA